GCUGGUUGGCCUCGCAGGCGGGAGGCCGCGGGCGCGCGCUCUCCUCCCAGCUUCAACGGCUCCGGCGGUUGCGUCCCUGCCGGUGGCCGGAUUCCCAGAACCUGCUAAACAUUUACCAUUUUGGAGUUUAAAGUAUGUCAUCAUGGCAAAGUUUCGAAGAAGGACUUGCAUCAUUUUGUCACUUUUUAUUCUAUUUAUCUUCUCUCUGAUGAUGGGUUUAAAAAUGCUGAGACCAAAUAAAGCUACUUUUGGAGAUCCUUUUGGACUUGACCUUCUUCCAGACCUUCAUCAACGAUCUCACUUGGGGAAAAGUCUUGAUUCCCAAAAGAGUGACAAAAUCAACAGUGAAACAAAUAUCAAGAAUUUAAAAAGUGUUGAAAGCACUGUAAAACCUUCCAAAGCCUCUGAACCUUACCUGGAAGAACUGCCACCUCUGAAUUAUUAUUUACAUGUAUUUUAUUACAGUUGGUAUGGAAAUCCACAAUUUGAUGGUAAAUAUGUACAUUGGAACCAUGCAAUCCUGAAGCAUUGGGACCCUAGAAUAACCAAGAAUUAUCCACAAGGGAGACACAACCCCCCAGAUGACAUUGGCUCCAGCUUUUAUCCUGAGUUGGGAAGUUACAGCUCUCGGGACCCUUCUGUCAUCGAAACUCACAUGAAACAAAUGUAUUCGGCUUCAAUUGGUGUACUAGCCCUGUCUUGGUACCCACCUGAUUCAAAUGAUGAGAAUGGAGAACCUACUGAUGACUUGGUACCAACUAUUUUGGAUAAAGCUCAUAAAUAUAAUCUGAAGGUCACUUUUCACAUCGAACCAUAUAGCAAUCGAGAUGAACAAAACAUGUACAGAAAUGUCAAAUAUAUUAUAGACAAAUAUGGAAACCAUCCAGCCUUUUACAGGUACAAGACUAAGACUGGCAAUGCACUUCCUAUGUUUUAUGUCUAUGAUUCCUAUAUCACAAAGCCUGAAAAAUGGGCCAACCUGUUAACCGUCUCAGGGUCUCAGAGCAUUCGCAAUUCUCCUUACGAUGGAUUGUUUAUUGCACUUCUUGUGGACAACAAACAUAGAUAUGAUAUUCUUCGGGGUGGUUUUGAUGGAAUUUAUACAUAUUUUGCCACAAAUGGCUUUACUUAUGGCUCAUCAUAUGAGAAUUGGGCAGCGCUAAAAUUCUUUUGUGAUCAGUUCAACCUAAUGUUUAUCCCAAGUGUGGGCCCAGGAUACAUAGAUACCAGCAUCCGUCCAUGGAACACCCAGAACACUCGGAACCGAAUCAAUGGGAAGUACUAUGAAACCGCCAUGAAUGCUGCUCUCCAAACCCAACCCAGUGUAAUCUCUAUCACCUCUUUUAAUGAGUGGCAUGAAGGAACUCAGAUUGAGAAAGCUGUUCCCAAAAGAACCAGUAAUACAGUGUACCUGGAUUACCGGCCUCAUAAACCAAGUCUUUAUCUAGAUCUAACUCGCAAGUGGUCUGAAAAAUACAGUAAGGAAAGAGCAAUUUAUGCCUUAGAUCACCAGCUGCCUGUUUCUUAAUGCAUUAAUUACAGUUUAAUCAUAAAAAUACCUAAUUUCAAUAAAUGCCUUUUGUUUUGAGUUAUGGAAAGAAAACUGUCAAAAUCAGUAUGCCCUGUUCCUAUUAUCUUUAGUAAUAAUAAUUUGUUUAAAGAUAAUAGUAUUAUUAUCGCCAUCCUUCACAAUGCUGCACUGAGAAAAUAUCUGAGGGAACAGUUGUGCAGAUAACAUUCCCUGUGGCAUGAUUUGCUUAAUUUCUGACUGAAAUUGAAAUCCUGCUUUGAUAGCAAUUUAAUUUUUGUUUCACAAUAGAUAAAUGCUUGUGUCAGAGAAAGCAGCUAGCACAGAGUUAAAUCCUACUUGUAUUCUGGGCCCAAAGAAAUAGGAUUGUGUGUAUAUUUGGUAUGUCUAUUGAAGAAAAAGACUUAAAAGAUACUGUACAUGUUUUGUUUCUAAUUUUUUUCAAUGAUUCAAUCAACUUUAUUGUAUUAGUGUUCAGACUCUGGAUAACUCUCCAAUAAUAAUUCUUACAAUCAUAUACCUUAAGCUGUGAACCAUGUUGUGUUAGGAAGGCCUGCUUUCUGUAUUACAAUAUGUAUCAUCAUUUGCAGAUUUUGGGUUACCUAUAGCAUGUGAGGUGUUUUGCAUGUCUAGUGUUUCUGCUUUAUAUGCUGAAUUCCAGGUUUUAGAAGCUAUGGUAAGUUUUCUCAUAAAAGUUAACUGUUGCUUCUCAAUUAUUAAGAAAACAUAAUUGUUUCAUAAUUAUUAUGAAGAUAAAAUGCCCAAAAUGUUAUCAUUUUUAUGCUACCUUAUCAGUCUUUACCUUGUUAUUCAUGUUUUUAAAUUUAAUGUUAAUCAGAGACCAACUAUCAGAUGAGAAAAAAGUUGAUACUAUCAUUGGAUUGCCUUGUUUUAAUAUUUUAAGCUAUUUUUAUCAACAGCAAUAGAGAAAAUUUACUUACCAUUUUAGGUUUUAGGGACAUGGAAAUGGAAAUGAAAAUUCCUUUAUAUCUUAAAUUCAUUCCUGAGGUUUGACUUUUAAUUAAGUUUAACACUUAAUGAUGGAAAUAAUAUUUCAUUUAAAAGAGAAUACUUUAAAUUAUUAUAUAUAAUAAUAUCCCCAUUUAAAAACAUUAUACUUUUAUGGUACUUGUCAAGUUAAAUACUUGUGAUCAAUUGUUGGUCAUAUUGUGACAAAUUAAUCACCUGAUGCUAAAAAUGAGUCUCUUUACCUUAAAAACUAGAGAAUAAAAUGCACUCCAUUAUUGUUAAUAUUUCCAACUAGAACUAUAGUAAAAAAAUUUAAUAUAUAUGCAUGAAUAUUAUUUCUUAGAUAUUUAGUUUAUUAAAGAGAUGCAAUAGAAUAAUAUUAAACAAUAAUACAUAUAAAUCUUUAGAGAAUAAAGACGUUCAUUCAGAAACAAAUCAGCAGUGGUUUUGAAGUAAAGGAGGCAUGUUUUCGAAAGUAGGCAUGAUUAACGUUAAACUUAUAACUUAAGAAUUUGCCGUUUCUCAGAGAAUAGAGGAAAUUACAAGAAUAAAUCACUAUGAUGACAUAACCAAGCAUGUUCAUGGAAACACUCACACAGAUAUAACCUGUGGAUUUUUUUUCUUAUGUCCAGUUAGCCACUAUAUGUGAUAUUAGGGAUAAACUCUAAAUAUGUCAUACUUAAUAAUCUUUUAUAACAUACCAUAUUUUAUUAAAGUUUAGAGAAAUAUCUACUACAGAGGCAUUUUUGUCAUUGCUUAUGUUACAUAUUUGAACCCACUAUGACAGGUAACUAAUUUUAUGAAAUAGUUCUGAGAUUAAGGGAAAGUGUAUAGACACAAGGUCAGCAAAUCCUCGAGGUGGGUACUACCACUUUCUCUCCUGCCCCCCUUGCAGACAUAGAUCAUUUACUACAGCACACUUCACCUCUGAGCUUUGUUGUGGUUUCCAACACUUACCCCAGCCAGCCAGUAAUAAUCAGUGAGAUUUCGAAGUAAGAUAAAAUAGAUUCUGUCUUCAUUGCAGAAAGUUAUUCUCAAAGGGAAGAAUGUUUGGAAUCUGAUCUCAUAAUGGUUUACUAAUUUAUAAUUAUAUGAAUAUCAUGUUUCUUUUCUCCUGUUUUAGAAAGCAGUUAUUAGGAGGAAUUAUCUCUAAUAAUUUUGUUAUUCUUUAGGAGGAAUGCUUUCAAAAUGUUCCUCAGGUAUUCGUUACAGCUGCCUUUACUAUUUGACUUGUAACACAGUUUAGAUCAUUAUGAUCACAAGUAAAUAAGAGCAAAGAAUUGAUUUUCUAAUUUAAAAAACUAUAGGUUUGAAUUCAAUAAACUAACU